UUUACCGCGAAGAGGAAUUUAUUCGUCUUAGACUUCAAGUAAUAUGAAUACAUUUACUGUUUUCAAUUUGUACCUUGUUAUAUAUAUAACAAAUGAGUGCGGUAGUUUCGAAAGUGGAGAAGACAGCGGGCCGAGGCAGUUCCAAUACAUAUCGAUGGAUUUUGUGCAUCGCGGAAGCUUUAACAAUACAGACUGCUUGCGAGAACUGCUCAACUGCUGGGAGGUCGUUAAACCCGACAUCAUCUGUAACCGCGGCGUGGUGUUCGAGUCCGUGUGCGGCAUCAUGAAGCGAGAGUGCAGCGAGAAACGCGGCCUCAUCAACCAAUUGGACGGACCUCUGUUCGAAUCAUUCUGCAAGUCGGACGGCUACGACCAACGGACACGACGCGCUGGAGCUCGCACGCGACACACAGCCGUACUAUAUACGUCACCGUCUCUUGGAUAA